CUUCAUACUCGCAACACAGAACACAAACACACUAUUUUAUUCAUUUUCAUUUUCGGAAUAGGACGAGAAAAUUUUUCAUUGAAAAAAAUUUGUAUGGUCUAUACAGCAUACAAAAGAAUUAAAAAACGAACUGUGAUGAUAGCAAGGCUUUGCGCUACGCAAAAAAAUAAAAAAUACAAUUAUUAAAUCAAAGCCUGUAUAAUGAAAUAAAUUAAAAUAUUUAUUUUCGUUUUUUAAUCGUCUGAGCUUUCCUCUGCACAAUAAUUAUAUUGAAAACAAAGCCUAAAUAUUUAAAAUUGUUCUGUUCUAUUUUUCUUUUCAAUCUGCAAGUUUAAUAUAUUAAAUAAGUAAACAAUAUUGUGAAGUAGGUUGUCGUUCUACGUCUGCAGCCCUUUGCGUGUCAUCACGAAUAUUUGUUUAAAAAACAAAACAGCACAACUAGCAUAUUUUUCCUACUGGAAAGAUUUGAUUUGUACUAUAAGCUUUGUUAUAUCAAAAUAUUAUCGAGAAAAACUUCAUUUAAAUUCAUUAAUUCAGGAAUAGAGAAAAUGACAAACCGCAAACCAACUGCUAUGUCACGCAUGAAACAAGAUUAUUUGCGCCUAAAAAAAGAUCCAGUACCGUAUAUCACAGCUGAGCCCUUGCCAUCGAAUCUACUCGAAUGGCAUUAUGUUGUCAAAGGCCCUGAAGACUCACCAUAUCAAGGUGGGUAUUAUCAUGGUACACUUUUAUUUCCGCGUGAAUUUCCGUUCAAGCCGCCUUCAAUUUAUAUGCUUACACCAAAUGGUCGGUUCAAAACAAACACACGAUUAUGUUUGAGUAUAUCAGAUUUUCACCCGGACACUUGGAAUCCAACUUGGUCAGUUGGGACGAUAUUGACUGGAUUGCUAAGUUUUAUGUUGGAAAGUACUCCUACCUUAGGUUCGACGGAAAGUUCUUUAUAUGAAAAACAACAAUACGCUAAAAAAUCGCUAGCAUUCAAUUUGAAAAAUUCAAAUUUUCGUGAAUUAUUUCCUCAAAUAUGCGACGAAAUCAAUUGUCGUUUAAAAAAACAACAACAACUGCUACAAGCUUCAACUGCUGGUAGCAAAUUAACUUUGUGCCCUAAUUCAGCAGGUGAAAUAUCAGGUGUCAAUAUUUCCGGAAAUAAUCAUAAAAGCAAUAAUAUUAACAAUAAUUCCGACAGUAGUCGUGGUAUUGGUAGUGGUAUCGCUGGACAGGGUGCCAUUAGCGAUAUCGAUUUCAACGAAAAUUCCAAAAAUGAUGAUAGCAAUCUAAUACAUACAAAUAAUAAAAAUUCCAAUUCGGAUAACUAUUGUAAUUGGCAUUCUAUAUAUUUUAAUUUAAUAGCAAUUAUAAGUUUUGCAAUUUUCGCAUUGAUUGUAAAUUACGUGAUUAAAAAUUUAAACUAAUUCUUUCCUUUAAAAAAAAUGGAUAAGAAAACACUAAAAAAAAUGGGAAAAUGUGAACACCAAUUGUAAUAUAUUAAUUAUUCUUAUUUAAAUGCAUAUUUAAAAAAUAUAAAUCUAUAUUAAUAAAGAAAACACUUAAA